AUGAAAGGAUGUCUCACUCACGAAUCCAGGUUUCGUUCAGCAUGUCAAGACUUCCUCUUGAUCGACUUCCAAGCCGCCGCCGGCAAGAAAGUCGAAGACCGUCUGUGGAAUGCUCAUACCAAGGUCAAUUCAAGGUUCAGGCAAUACCUUGCCCACUUCCGUGAAGGAGAAGGCAAGAAGAAGGUCGUGGAACGUCGCAAAGCCGAAAAGCUCUAUUUGGAGUUUAUCAAGUCGAGCCAGCGCUUCUACCGAGAGUAUAUCCAGCGACUCGCCUCGACCUUUAAGGAUAUCCCAGAGAUAAUGGAGAUUGCUCAAGGCAUGAAGCUGGACACUCUCUCCGCAGACCCACCACAGACCGUCGACGAUGCCCUGAAGAAGCAGCUCAUUGAUUCAUGUUAUUCAGCCCUUGUGCAACUGGGAGAUCUCUCGAGAUAUCGAGAAACCGAACUGCAGACAAAUCGACGCAAUUGGGGCCCUGCUGUUGGCUAUUAUAACAAGGCGGCCACGCUCAAUCCUACGGACGGCAGAUCUUAUCAUCAGCUGGCUGUUGUAGCUCUCGCUGACGAGGACCACCUGCGAGCUGUCUACUAUCUCUAUCGAGCCAUUUGCGUCGAGAACCCUGCUCCACAAGCCAAAAAGAACUUGGACCUUGAAUGCAAGAAGCUCAGGUCAAAGUCAAACCAAGGCAAGCCCAUCUCCAAUGCCGCAUUGGUUGUUGAGGGUUGCCGCGACCUCCACGACCGCUUCCUGAUAUUUCACGCCAGCUGUCUCGGAGGUGACCCAGACGAUCAGAAGGAUCAGCAAAUCGAGAUUCUUCGACUUCUAGAGGACCAAAUUCGAGACCGAUCUGAAGUUUCAAUCCUCGGAAAGCUCGUCUUGGUUAACUUGGCCGCAGGGAAGUCUGCGACCCAGAAUGUUAAAGGCACCCGGAGUUUCGAGAUUUUCCAAUCGUUUAAUGUCAAAACCUUUUUCCUACUCCUCAGAAUCUUGCUCGACGAACUGCAGGAACUCGCAAAGUCAACUACUAAUAAACAUGACGCAACGAAAGACUUGCCUCAAGUCCCUCCCGUAAUGCGCCGCAUGCUUCCUCAUCUGAGGCUGUACAGUGGGUGGCUAUUGACGACCAUCGAACUCCUACUAGCGAGCGAGAGCCUUGUCGUGUCUCUGCGGCAAGUGUGGCCGUUGUAUGUCAACGUCCUGAAUGCCCUGAUGCAGACAUUUCCUCCGAAAGCUGGACUUGAGAUUCAAUACCUCCUAGACGAAGAUGUGGACACCAGGGGGUUCUCUGCAUUUAGUCCAUUCGUCCAGAAGACACGCCUCUGUGAUCGCACGGGAGCCACCAAACAGAUGCACAACGACGCAGCAUUUGGCCCUCGGAAUCCAGAGCAAGAAAUGUUGUAUCGACUCAAGUGCCUAGUCACAGAUGGAAUGUUACUAGCUCGUAAACAGGGUGGCUUCAAGUCCUUGCCUCUUCCUCUCACGUUCGCACACAUGCGAUUUAUCUAUCUUGAAGAAACCGAUGGUGUUACACGACUUGAAGACCAAGUCGCACACCCCGUGGAAUCUGCCUCUGCUCCCUCUGUUGAGAGCGUCCGCACUUAUAUUGGGCGCACGUCUCAGCAUGACAUUCCUGCGGUACAAGCUACAUGCCAACAACCGGCGACCUUCGAGGCUGAAAACUCAAUGGCCUCAAGAAUGGAGAACAUGGUGGAUAAUCUCAUGCGGUCCGAAGCCCGCCGACAUGCCAACAACUCUGGAGCCGUAAUGUACGAUCUUCCGCCGCCCACAGCGAGUGCGCCAUCAGUACCACAAGGGCUCACCCACAGAAGCAUAUCGCAAUCUCAGCCUCUUCCCCUCACUGCUCGAGACCUCGUACAGCGGAUUCAGCAGCCAUCGAGUGCAUCACAGCCUAACGCGUUGGACCAGGCAGUGAACGUCGCAGUUCUGCCUUCCAUCUUGAACACUCCAUUUGCACCGCGACCAGGUGAAACCCCCGAAUCAUCGCCGCGGCCAAGCACCGCCCAUCGUUUUCCCGAACCGGCAUCAACACCAGGACCUGCUCGUCUCAGCAGUUCUGCCCAGUUCCAGGCCCACCUCAUGCACAUGCAGGAUCAGGUGCAAAUGCGGACGUCACCACUGGAGUCUUUUGAGCCUACAAUGUCGAGUCACUAUAGCACCCCAACAAAUAUGAACACCUGGGUCAGAGCGAAUGACUUGGGACAACCUCAACUGUCACCGUGGCGAUCUUCAUUUGGUAGCGCAGUACCUGUGCAGCAUCACGCUAUCUCAACCAGACCUCCAGAUUCCUCACCGUUUGGCGCUAUCGGCGAAUCGCGGCCCAAGAGCAGUCGGGCCCCUAAUAGCGAUCAGGCAGGAUGA